GUCGCGGCCGGGGCCGGGGCCGGUGGGUGGCAGUCCCGGCGGCCGGAGGGUAACCGAGCCCAGUCCGGGUGCCACGUCUCCAGGAGCCCCUCCUCACGCGGGACGACACCCCGCCCCGCCGGGCUCCGUCUCCAGCCGCCGCCUGUGUGCGGCUCCGGAGCCUCGCACACGUCGCUGGCGUCUCUAUCCUCCUCCUGUCCGCUCAGCCCCCAGGCCUCCCGAACAGCCUGCUCGACCCCACCCGGGCCCGCGCCCCCGGCUCUGCAUCCUGCACCCCGGGCCCGCCGCCCGGUGAUGGGGCGCCCCCGCGUUUCUUCCGGGCGCCGCAGACUCGCAAACCGGGGGGCGACCUGGUCCCGCGCCCACCUCCGGACUGGGCUCCGGGAGCGGGGAGGCCGGCUCCCCGGCGGCCGCGAAGGGGGCGGCCCGCGCGGCACGUAGCGCACGUGGAGGGUAGCUCCCGCCGCGAGGCCGCCGCCGCCUCCGGCCGCUUUCCUGGCGCGCGGGGUGGGUGUGCGCCUGCCCUGCGCGCGGCCCCCGUUCUCUGCGCGGCGUCCCUUCCACAGCGCCCGUCCCUCCCCAACGCUGUUAGACCUCCUCUCUCCUCUCCUUUUCCCUAAUUUCACCGACGCACAGGCCUUUCCUUGGCCUCCUCACGACCCAGCUCGGCUCCUCCCUCUAGUCCACUGCCGUCCUCUCCCACCCCUUUGGGGGCCCUGGAAUGCUUGGUGUCAGAUGUCCCCUGUGGAGACAGACCCACAGACCUUGAGAUCUCAGGAUGAGCUGCCGCCUUGGUGGCCUCCGUGUUUUGCUUUAUUUAUUUUGUGCACUCCCACGACGUCUCUCUCUUCCUGUACCUUUAACCAGGCGUUUGUCUUUUUCCACUGUCGUCCCUGCCCUCUUGCCCUACACAGGCAAGGGUCUCCACCGGAUUGUAAACCGCUGGAGGGAGGGAGUCACGGUCUCCAGCCCGGGACCAGGCGCGUGGUAGGAGCUCCACACGUUUGUUGAAGGGGAAGGGAAAUGGCCUUUAGUGUCUGUGGCUCCGUCUGGCCGAGGAUGGAGUUUUGGACCGGACAAGGAGAAGAAUCUGGUUGCCCAGCGGAAGCAGGAAGAGGUCUCACAACAGAUCAGUGUUGGGCCACUUUGGAGGUUCUGGACUCUGCUGGGAAAAGCUGAGAGGCAGAGAGAAGAACUCAAGUUCCCUGUUCACAGUGCAGCCGCCACCGUCACCCCCAACGAAGGUCUCUGGACUGAGGACCCCUCUCAGCAUGCUCUAGGGCCUUGGACGGUUGGAAUGUUUGAAACUCUCUGCAUCCGGGAUGAAAGUCUUGCAACCGGAAUAAAAGGACUUCUACACCAAUUAUAUCUGAACUUCCCAGAGCACUCCCGAAUCCACCGUGCUCAUUUGAAAUCCAGUGUUCAACCAGAUCCUGUCACAUGUCCGGCACAGGGUCUGACACAAAAUCCUAAUGCCGAGUCCCUUUCUUCUCUCCCCUGGCAGGAAGGGAUGCUAUCUGAGCACCUAGAGAUACUGUGCGACCAGGAACGAGACCGCACCAGCGGCUGGGAGUAAUUCAUAGGCUAUUGGACAUACCAACCCUGUGAAGUAGAUGGGUGAUGCUAUCACCAUUUUUCAAACGGAGAAACUGAGACUCAGAAGAGUUUAUUAGGCAAAAUCACAGAGGUGACAACAGAGCUAGGACUGGAAUGAGAACACUGGAGCCUGUGAUCUUCCCUGAACACCAAGCUGAGGAAAGAGGACAUGGAACCCCCAUCCCAAAUCUGACCACCAGCUGGCCCUGCAGCUGCCAACGUGUGUCCAUUCUCUCCCCUCUAAGCCACGAUGGUUUCACACUUUCUGGACUGUCAUCUGUAGUACCUUCGCUUACAUUCUAACGGUUUCACAAAACACUACUUGCCCUUAUACGGUGACGCACGUGCCGGCCGAGACUCAUGAGGUUGGUUUUCUAACCUGUUAUGGAUUCUGACCCUCAGUUGGAAAGAUGCUGCUUGGAGGUUAGUUUUUCCUGUUGUUCGGUAGCUUUCAAGAAGACGUAGCUGCAGUAGUUUCUUCACACCCACCUCACCUCAAGGUUUGGCCACUGCUCCUUGCCAUGUUUUCCCUACAUCCUCCAGAACGCUGUCCACAUCACAUGCAAGAUCAAUCCCUAUUGCUUAUCUCUUCGGGCUGCUUUGUACUGUUUAUUAUUCACUUGGCUGCAAUCUUCUAUUCAUUUCCCUCCUACCUCUGCCCACAGCCCUUCAACUCAAGGGGUCACUUUGUGCCCCAUCUUUUCAGGUGCACAGUAUAAAACCAGGACCUAGCAUAGUCUUCAAGUCUUCCAAGACGUGACUUAGAGCAGAGGCCAAAAACUCAAAUGCCUUCCGGGGACAGAAAUAAAUGAGAGAAACCAGCCAGGUGAACUCUGAAGAAGAGAAUGCACGUCCGGCUACCGGGGCCAUCACUGCUCAGGCCAGGGUGGCAGCAAGUGGCAAUUUUUCAAGAGAAGCCAGAAGUCUAAUUAUUUAUACAAUCUCUCCUAAUUUUUAGAUGUUCAACCUUCAAUCAAAUUUCUAAAAAACAGUGUGUGGGCCAACCAGACGUGCUUGUGGUCCGAGUGUGUUUUGGGUGGAGCCUCCUCCGUGGAGAGGCUGGUGGGGUGAUGUGUUUGCUGACCUUCAGGGAGAGCAAUGGUCACCAAGGGAGCACCGAAGAGAGAUGCUGGAGGGACAGGAGGACCAGGCGUCUCCUCUGCCAAGGCCGCAGUUACAGGAGAAGGAAGGACCUGGAGCCACUAGAAGACCGGCAGAAUCUCACCUUCAAAUAUUUGGAAAAACUCCAGCAGAGAAAGAAGAACCCCGCGCCCCGCCGGAGGCCUGUCCCCCCGAGGGCGGCGUCGGGGGGGCGCCUCUCGCCGGGAGCCGGACUCCCAGCGGACCGCGGACCACGACUUCCCCAUGCGCUUCGCCACGAAGCUCUCGGACUACUUCCCGCUGCUGGAGGACGACGCCUUGUGCGCCCCCAACUUCAUCAGCCACGUUCGGUGGAAAGUGGACACCCUGGGGUCCCAGCCCUGGGUGCUCCUGGAGUUCUCCAACCUGGGCUUCCUGGGCAAGCUCUUCCGCAGCGGGGACCCCCCGGUGCUGGCCCGCUUCCUCCUCCUCCACAGGGAGAAGCCCCUCGCCAGGCUCCCCCCUCGCUCCCGCACCCUCCUGGCCCAGAGGGACCCGAUCCUCCGCAGACCGUUCCUGUCCUACCACCGGCUCUCCUACCGUGCACCGAACGACAGCCGGAAGGCCUCGGGCACGCAGAAAACGAGCCCCUACGCCCCUGACGGCCCACCAGGAGCCGUUUUCACCGACAGGAAGGUUUUUGAGGUCCAUUUCUCCUGGGAGGCCUGCAGUCUGGACGAGUCCUUCUUUUGGGCCCACAGUGUUGGCGCAGGGAACCACCCAGACCUGAGGAGGGUGCAGGUGCUGACCGGUACCAUGCUGCGUGGCAAGUGCGCCCUGCGGGGGGCAGGGGGAGCGGGCUGCAAGCCCGAGGGGACGCCGCAGCCCGCCCCGGCCUCGCCCGGCUGCGCCAGCUCCUGGAAGGGCACCUGGAUCAGGAGGUAGUAACAAAGAGCGGGGGGCACGAGGAGAGCUGCGCGAGGCUGGUGGCGCGCGCUAACCAGGUGGGUGGGCGGGCUCGGCAUCUGGCACAUCUACCUCCGGGAGGAACAGGCCAGGGACGAGGGGGCAGCUCAGGAGGAAGAUAACUCAAUAAGUCGAAGAAAAAUUAAAAUCUUGCGGCUGUGUCAUUCUAGCCUCUCUGAGUGACCCGGGGGCGGGCUGGGGAUGCCAGGAGAUGAGGGGCAGAGAGGGAAGACGUGGUCAUUCUUCUGGUGCCGCCCAGACGUUAGACCUGUUCCUUCCUUUUUCUACGCGAACAAGCGACUCUUAUAGGCUGUCUUUUCCCGGGCUGGAUAUAGCUUAGCCCAGUUUGGGACAAGGCCUUGGUCAUUCCCAGAAUCUAUCCCUGGGAUGCUGAGAUCAGCACAAAUACAGGGUGUUGGUGUGUGUGUUCGCACACAGUUAGAGGCCAGGGGUGAGGGGUAGCAGGAGGGGAAAUCAUGGCCAGACCCUGGAAUUUACAUCGUAAGAAGCCAAGGAAGGGCCUCUCAUCAGAAGUCGAACUCUCUGAGGCUCUGGAAUGCAACAGAUGGACGCGUACCAAUAAAACGAAGCCCCUGACUCGGUCCUUUUAAGCUGUUCCGUGGCGCCAAUCUGCUUCCCUUCUUCCCUCACAAACGAACUCGGGCACAAAUAGCUUGUAACCAAAGCUUCCCUUUCUCCUCCGCGUUCACUUCUCACCCCAUGCUGGCUUCUGCAUCCCAGUGCUGCUGAAACUCCCCCCUAUCUGUAAUGACAAAAACAGUCACAACCUAGUGGCUUUUUUUUUUUUUUUUUUCAGAUCUCAUUCUCCUUAACUCUCUGCAGCAGCACACAGUACAAAUUCGUCUUCUUCCUUGACUCUGGGCUUCAUCCAUUCAUCAGAAUUACUGAAGCCCCACUAUGUGCCAGGGACAAAAAAAAGCUCCUCUUGGGGUUAAGAAGUACAGGGUCCUUGGGGAGUACAGACCGGUGUUAAAACCUUAUUGGGAGCUUAGGAAAGGCUUUUUGGAAGUCAUGUAAGCCUAGACCUGCCACAUAAUUGGAGAAGAUAGCCAGGUGAUGAGGAAAGAAGGUCAGGGAAAUUUUCCAGCAAAAGAAACAGCAUAUAGAGAAGUGGGCCAGAGGUGAGAAGAAACCUGGCUCAUUUGGGAAAAAAAAUCAUUUAGUGGGGCUGGCGACGGAGGGCAAGCUGGUGUAGUGGUGGGACAGAAGAUGAGGCCACGGGACUAAGAAAAGACCUGCUUACAAAGGGCCAUGGACAGUUCAGUGCGGGAAAGAAUAGUCUUUUCAACAAGUGGUGGUGGAACAGCUGAAUACCCACGUGCAAAAGAAUGAAGUGUGACUCCUACCUCACAUUGUAUAAAGAGUGAACUCAGAAUGGAUCACAGACCUAGUUGUAAGGGCUAAAAGCUAUAAAACUCUUAGAAGAAAACACAGGUGUAAAUCGUUGUGACCUUGGAUUAGGCAAUAGAUUAUUAGGUAUGACACCAGAAGCACAAGUCAUCAAAGAAUAGAUAAAUUGGAUUUCAUCAGAAUUUAAAACUUUUGUGGUUCAUAGGACACUAUCAAUAAAGUGAAAAGACAACCCACAGAAUGGAAGAACAUAUUUGCAAAUCAUAUGUCUGAUGAGAGACGAGUGUCCAGAAUAUAUAAAGAAAGCUUACACACAAUAAUAAAAAGACAAAUAACCCAAUUGAAAAUGGGCAAAGGAUCUGAACAGACGUUUCUCCAAAGAAGAUACGCAAAUGGCCAAUAAGCACGUGAAAAGACACUCAUCAUUAGUCAUUAGGGAAAUGCAAAUCAAAACCACAGUGAAAUACCACUUCACACCCACUAGGACAGCUAUUUGAAAAACAGAAAAUAAGGGCUUCCCUGGUGGCACAGUGAUUAAGAAUCCGCCUGCCAAUGCAGGGGACACGGGUUCGAGCCCUGGUCCAGGAAGAUCCCACAUGCUGCGGAGCAACUAAGCCCGUGCGCCACAACUACUGAGCCCACGUGCCACAACUACUGAAGCCCGUGCGCCUAGAGCCCGUGCUCUGCAACAAGAGAAGCCACCGCAAUGAGAAACUCGUGCACCGCAACGAAGAGUAGCCCCCGCUCGCCGCAACUAGAGAAAGCCCGCGUGCAGCAAUGAAGACCCAACACAGCCAAAAAUAAAUAAAUUUUUUAAAUAAAUAAAUAAAUAACAGAAAAUAAGUGUUGGUGAGGUGUGG